CUCCUCGGGCGCUUCGUGGACGCACGCAAGGUACCGGCACUUUCAACCGACAAGGGGCUAACGCCUGCUGCUUGGAACGACAUCACCGCCGCAGUGAACACGAAGCAUAAGCGACAGCUCGAUAAAGCCCAAUACAAAGCCAAGCUGACUCGGAUCAUGCGUGAUUAUGACCUCUUCAAACAGGUCAAAGGCUUGAGCGGAGGUGGUGUGUGCGCAUUGACGAACGCGCCAGAUCUUGACGCCGAUGUCUGGAAGCGCCCCACCAAGGCUAAGCCCAAGCAAGCAGGAAAGCUCAAAGAAUUCCGCAAGAAGGGAUUCGAGCACUACAUCAUCUGCAUGCUGGCAGCAACACCUGAUGCAGCCGCUGAUUCUGAAAAUGCUGGCGUUGAUGGUGCUUCAAGUGGCAGUGGUUCAGGCGAGAAGGAAUCGUCCGCAGCCCCGAAGCCGCCAAGUCACCAACGACGUGUUGAAAACGUGAAGCGCAUUCGUGACGGAGCUGCCAGAUCGCACCGCAACAAGAAAUCCCGGAAGGUUUCAGAUGACAGCCAUCUACGUGAGCUUAAUUCGCUGGUGAAGACGAUCAAGACGUACAUCACCUUUUAG